ACGUGUUUCGCAAGAGUGUUUAAAUCCCAAAGCAAAUGUUAACCAGUGAAAAGUGCAGUUAUUUGAUUGAUUUGUUCGGUGCAUUUAAUUCGUGCGUAUAACCAUCGCGAUGGCCAAUGAUGUGAAAUUGUGCGUUGCGGAACCGAUGGGCAGUCCGAGCGGCACCUCGACGCCGAAAGUAGAAAAGCGGUGUGCUGUAGAGACGACGGCGCUUCUCGAAAAUGUGUCCACACCGUACCGUAGUGGUAAGAAGCGCCUCGUGCUAGAAUGCGACAGAACACCGUUGGUUCCAGCCAGUUUGAAUAGUUCGACUCGUUCGUCGGCGUUAUCGACCCCCGGUCGAAUUGUUUCAACUUCCCGGAUGAUUAGCAUCACUCGGGGCAUACAGACGUGUCCGCCGCUAACGAGUAACCGCUACUGCCAGGUGUCGGUGACACGCAUCCCAAAGCCGACCAUUUCUACGUUCGCUCAGACGGACGAUAGUGAUCCAGCGGCAACACGAUCACCGCAAAAACCGAUCGCUUGUAAUGAAAUCGCUUGUCAAACAGAGGUACCACCACACACAGAAACAACGGUGGCCACAACGCAGACCAUAUCGUUCGAAAAGGAACGAUCGCCCUCACCACUAGUGCAGCUGGAGGAUGCGGCGUGCCAAGCCGACGUGCCGAUGGAUGUCGCUGCAACGGCGCUUUCAAACGAAGCCGUUGAAGAACAGCAACCGCCGCUCGGGCAGGGAUAUGAUUCGGAUAAUUCCGAACCGAUAGCUGAAUCCAUUUCGGCUAUCCUGAACAAUAUUGCCGAACAGUACGGGAUCGAAUUGCAAUCUUCUACAGAAAAGAAGAAUAAGAAGAAGAAAGCCCAAAAAGAUGCUAAGCAGAAGGACCAAAUCGACCAAAUCGAGAAGCGUCUGGUGAACAAAACGUACAAAGCGAUCGCGUCCAAAGUCGAUGAGAAGCUGUCCACGAUUCUAACGAAGCAGGUGGAAGAGUACGGGCGCAAAACGGUGGCCAGUCGACAGCGGCUAGUUCGCUGGACGAAAAACUUCAUACGUCAGCAGCACCGGAAUCUAGCGACCGCAGGAGGCGUAACCGGAGGCGGCGGGCGCAAGGUGAUUUUGGUGCGCAAGAUAGUGCGUCCCCCGAAGCGUCUCGCCCUGGAGGAAGUGGCGGUGCAGUGCGAUGCGGCCGAGCUGGCAACGGCUAGGGCCACCGUCGGUACGCAGUGGCAGCGACAAAAACCAAUGGUGCUGCAGGGGGAACCAGGCGGCAGUCGAUGCGCCAAACCAAACUCUCCAGCUACGCCAAGGAGCAAACCGAUAGAAAAGACAUCCAAGGAAGGCAACCGCCAGAGCGGAAACAACAAGGAGAACGUUCCACCAAAUCAUCAAAACUAGCCACUGCAGAACCGGUGCCUGCCCCAUCCACUACCACAAAAAAUAAGAAAGCUUCAACACCACCACCACCACCACCACCUCCUCCAGCAGCAUCGACA